AUGGGUAUACAGACGGCCACAGCGGCGGUGGCGCGGACGGGUUCGGCAAGAGCGCCGUCCCCGACAGCAGCAUCGGCGGUGGCGGCAUCGAUGACGGGGGGAACGGCAGCAGCAGCAGCAGCAGCGGUGGCGUCCCCGGUCGCCGCGUCGGCGUUGGGUGUCCAGACGGCCGCAGAGGCGGCGGUGUCGACAUCGGUGAUGGGGGUAACGGCAAGGGCGACAGCAGCAGCGGCGUCCCCGGUCGCCGCGUUGGCAAUGGGUAUACAGACGGCCACAGCGGCGGUGGCGCGGACGGGUUCGGCAAGAGCGCCGUCCCCGACAGCAGCAUCGGCGGUGGCGGCAUCGAUGACGGGGGGAACGGCAGCAGCAGCAGCAGCAGCAGCAGCAGCGGUGGCGUCCCCGGUCGCCGCGUCGGCGUUGGGUGUCCAGACGGCCGCAGAGGCGGCGGUGUCGACAUCGGUGAUGGGGGUAACGGCAGCGGAAGCAGCAGCAGCGGAGUCCCCGGUCGCCGCGUUGGCGUCGGGUAUCCAGACGGCCGCAGCGGCGGCGGUAGCGACAUCGGUGAUGGGGGUAACGGCAACGGCGACAGCAGCAGCGGCGUCCCCGGUCGCCGCAUUGGCGUCGGGUGUCCAGACGGCCGCAAGGGCGGCGGCGGCGGCACCGGUGACGGAGGGGUGGCGUGCCCCAUCGAUAGGGGCAGGAACGGGAGUGGCAGCUCCGGCGGCGGCAACGGCGGCAACGGCGGCAGCCGCAGCAGCGACGGGAGUGGCGGCUUCGGCCAGAGCGCCGGCGGCGACACCGGCGGCAGCAGGAGCAGCGACGGGAGGGGUGGCUUCGGCCAGAGCUCCGACGGCAGCAGAAGACGGCAGCGGUGGCUUUGGCCGGAGCCUCGUCGGCGGCAGUGGUGACAACGGCGGCGGUGGUAGAGGCGGCAGCAGCGACGUCACCGGCAGCCGUGUUGGCGCUGGAACUUAUGACGAUCGUGGCGGCGCGGGAACGGCAACGGCGGCGAUGGCAGCAGCGGCAGCAGCGGUGGCGCCCUCGAGUCGACAGGGAACGGGGAGGACACGGUGACAGCGACGACCUCACCUUGUUACAGCCAAGUGGGAGAACAUGUGAAACUUUUACGACUUUUUUCGGAUGUGUGAGCAGGCAUGUACGUUUCAGCUCCGCCAUUUGGCUUCGAAUUAAUUUUUUUGUUCUGUUUUUCCCUUGCUAGCGCACCGUGCACUUUGGUGCAGAAAACACGUGUAUGCCACGGCGUGUGCGUAAUUUAUUU